AUGCUGUGCGGAGACAUCCCCUUCGAGCAGGACGAGGAGAUCCUGCGGGGCCGCCUUUAUUUCCGGAGGAGGAUCUCAGCCGGGAUGUACAGGGACACCAUUCCAGGGAAGCUUAAGGACUUAUGGGCUUUAUAUAAAAUGGAGCCAGAGGUGGUUGGUGGAGUUAUUUUGAGCUUUUUUGUUCUCUCCCUGGACCUCUGA